UAAUUUGUAAAAAUACCAAAUGGACGCCUCUAAGCAAAAAUUUCGUGGGAAUUAUCUUGUGUAUUGUUUAAUUUUAGGUGUGAUUAUAUCGAAAGUUAAUUCUUUGCACGUGGAUAAAAGCAAAUCCUCUCGUAUUCCAGAUUUUGGAUCGAUAGCAAAUUCAUUUUCCCAGGCAGUUGAGAAAAUCCUCAAAGAUGCCCUGUCAAUGUUUCAUGGUCUGCCAUCCAAUUACAGAAACUCAACGUCAGAGAUUCUGCACAAGAACGGUACAAGCAUCUUGAAAAAUAUCACAAUAAUCAAAAACUCCACGAACAGUUCACUAAAUGGAGUAUACCUAGAAAGAACAGAAUUGUUGGAAAAUAAGGCAAGUAGCACAAUGUGGUUCCUACAAUUUGUAGAAACAUAUAAUGAUUAA